UCUUUUUGAAGUCUUGUUCAGUUUCUGUACCUCUGCAUGUGGGACCGCCUUUUGGUAGACGAUCUGCUGAGAGAAAAAUCAAUACCAUUGCCCAACUCUGUAGAAAACUCACGAAAAACCCUCCUCCGAAGUCCCCAAUUCCACAUGGCGCCGCCCACCUCCGCCGCCGCCGCCGUCGCGGCGGCCGCCCGCGCCUCGCCGACGUCGGCGGCGGCGCUCGCGCUCUUCAAGUCGGUGCUGUCCGCGGACAAGGCGCUCUCGCCGCUCGCCGUGCUCCCGCACCUCGACGGCGCGCCGUCCUCGCUGCCCAACCUCCUGCUCACCGCCUCCGCCGCCGUGCGCCCCCACGCCACCUCCCUCCGCCUCUACUCGCGGAUGAAGUCCCUAUCCCUCCCCAUCUCGACCGCCUCGCUCCACCCGCUCCUCUCCGCCCUCCCCUCCGCCCCGGCCUUCGCCCUCUUCGCCGACAUGUUCCGCCUCCGCCUCCCGCUCUGCACCACCACCUUCAACAUCAUGCUCCGCCACCUCUGCUCCGCCGGGAAGCCCGCCCGCGCGCUCGAGCUCCUCCGCCAGAUGCCCCGCCCGAACGCCGUCACCUACAACACCGUCAUCGCCGGGUUCUGCUCCCGGGGCCGCGUCCAGGCGGCGCUGGAUAUUAUGCGGGAGAUGCGAGAACGCGGAGGAAUCGCGCCCAACCAGUACACCUACGGCACGGUGAUCUCUGGCUGGUGUAAGGUUGGCCGGGUCGAUGAGGCAGUGAAGGUGUUCGACGAAAUGCUGACCAAGGGAGAGGUUAAACCGGAAGCUGUGAUGUACAACGCCUUGAUUGGUGGAUACUGUGACCAGGGUAAGCUGGAUACUGCGCUCCUUUACCGUGAUAGAAUGGUGGAGAGAGGGGUCGCAAUGACAGUCGCGACCUACAAUUUACUCGUGCACGCCUUGUUCAUGGAUGGGCGUGGAACAGAGGCAUAUGAGUUGGUCGAGGAGAUGGGUGGAAAGGGUCUUGCGCCGGAUGUGUUCACGUACAAUAUAUUGAUAAACGGGCAUUGCAAAGAGGGCAACGUGAAGAAAGCACUAGAGAUUUUUGAGAAUAUGUCCAGGAGAGGGGUCCGUGCGACAGUAGUGACCUAUACGGCAUUGAUAUAUGCCUUGUCUAAGAAGGGGCAAGUUCAGGAGACAGAUAAGCUGUUUGAUGAGGCUGUAAGGAGAGGCAUUAGGCCUGACCUUGUCUUGUACAAUGCUCUGAUCAAUAGUCACUCCACUUCUGGCAACAUCGAUCGAGCUUUCGAGAUAAUGGGUGAGAUGGAGAAGAAAAGGAUCGCACCAGAUGAUGUGACCUACAAUACGCUAAUGAGGGGGCUGUGUCUACUGGGACGUGUUGAUGAAGCGCGCAAGCUCAUUGAUGAGAUGACAGAGAGGGGAAUCCAGCCAGACCUUGUCACUUAUAACACGCUGAUCAGUGGCUACAGCAUGAAGGGUGAUGUCAAGGAUGCUCUGAGGAUUCGGAAUGAGAUGAUGAAUAAGGGGUUCAAUCCAACGCUUUUGACAUAUAAUGCGCUGAUACAGGGGCUCUGUAAGAAUGGCCAGGGAGAUGACGCUGAGAACAUGGUGAAGGAGAUGGUGGAGAAUGGCAUCACCCCUGAUGACAGCACAUACAUCUCACUGAUUGAGGGUCUUACCACUGAAGACGAGCGUGCCAUUGAUGAUGAGCGACUGGCUGCAGCAGAUGCUGCGAAAGUAUGAGCCAUCUAUUAAGCAGAGAGGCAUUUUGGGCAGAUAGAGCAGAUCAGUUCAAAUACUUCAUGCCUUCAAAAAAGGAGGAAAAUCAAAUGCUUGAACGACUUGCUCAACCUCUGCCAUGUGUGCAAUAUCAUGUUAAAUUGCCUGGCCAUUUUCUGACUGGAGUGCAACAUAAUCAUUUUGAAGCCUGGCGUAUCUGGCGAUGAGGAUCAGGUGGCACUCACAUUUUGUCUCCCCGUUGUUCUUGCCCAAGUUGUAGACGUCCAUCUUUUCUCAGUUCAUCUGUGGACGUAUGCCUGUAAUUUUGACAAGAAGGAAACACAUGCUGUUUUGAAGAUUCCCGACAACAAACAUUCCAAUCUAGAACUCUCAAGAUUCGGCUUGGCUAUAUCAGAACUCACUCUGUUUAUUUGGUUUUCUCAUUGUCAUACUAUCUUUAUUAAUCUGAUAACAAUAAGAUUAGACAGCUUGUGACUUGUCACUAACGGCUAAGGCUAAGCAUAACGCAUCUUAAUGAUCUGUCCUGCCCAGCAAAGUGGAGACUGGAUAAAGUUAAUCACCCUGGCCAGCUUACUUGUCAUUGACAGCAUCACAGUGUCUGCACUUUGUGUGGUCCUGGUUUCCAUUACUACUGCAAGUAUCAUCUGAAGAGGUAGCACUGAAGAUCAUUUUUAUUGCAUAGAGUAAAGAGGGCCUUUGUUGGCAUGUGCUUAGUUACUUCCUGAGGUGCUUUUCAUCAUUGUCGAUUUUGAUGUUUCAUUGUCAUACUCUAUGUUGGUAAUUAUUUAUGUAUCAUGAUGCAUAUCAUCACUGAUUCACUGUCACAGUGAACCACAGAGCGAUAGGUUUAUCUAGCUUGUCCUUUUCUUUGUAAGAGUGCAGAGUGUUUGGUCAUUGAAACUGUACAGCAGAGACCGUUCUGUUCCAAAACCAUAACAAUGUUCCUCUUGUUAAUUUA